GGCAUAUUUGCCGAAGUCUACUACAUGUGUGAGCCAUGUGUGUUUGAGCUGCCUUUGGGGCUGUUCGGCACAGCUCCGUGGAUGGUGGAACAUAGCGAACAAGAGGAAUGAAGUCCCAGCGACGAGCACCUAGCUAGCCAGACAACAAACAAAAAAGAAAGCGCCGCGGCAGCUGUGCUCAAAGCACAAAGUCUCUACUGCUAUCUACCAUCAAUCUAGUGAAAGAGCCGAGUCGAGUCGAGUGGACAAGCUUGUGUCGACCAGUCUUUACCUUACAAAAUACGGUAUUAACUACCGGUAACUACCAGCCGCAGGUAUCUAGACUACCGGUGAGCUUGUUGGACAAUGGAGAGGGUAGCCAACCAUGACGGCCGAUCAUCAUUGGUUGGGAGCAACAAUAGCUCGAGACAGCAUCCCAGAAGCAGCAGAGGGAGUAGUAGUUCCAUUGCCUGUGCUGGCACUGAAGCAUCCAGCAGGAGAUAUGGCCACAGAGGUGUUGUUACCAAUAGAAGCGUCUUGUCGUCUCAGGAGGAAGGGAGAUCAGGACCAUACCCCAGCGAAAUUCAAAUAUCCAGGAGAGCACAACAUAACCAACAGGAGCGAUACUUUCACGAAUCCUCGGAAUCUGAUCGCAGUGUGGGAAGCACCAUGGCUAUCAGGAGUUCUUAUUCCACUAGCUUGUCCACAGUGUCAUCUCUGACUCAAGAUAAGAACACCAUCAGCUACAGAUACGAUCGAGAGUAUCGGGUAGAAGACGAGCCCUACCGCCGGCACCUUGAGCCUUCAGAGUUUGAUUUCAGACCAUCUGACGAUAGUAGACGAGGUGCCAGAGUCUUCAAGUUUCGAGCUGAAGAUCUAGGCUUUGAUACCCGUUUUAUCAGAGGAGAAAUGCCCCCUUCAUCCAGGUCAUAUGAUGGAGAGUAUAGAUCCCGACCUUCACACUCAAGAAGAGGUUACUCUGCUUUAGAAGACCGCCAUCAUAGUAUGAACCGCGGGAGAACGAGAUCUUACAACGACGACGAGAGGCAUGGAUACUAUGACGACCGAAGUUACACAAGGGAGGACCGCCAUGGCUACUGCGAUAGCAACGUUAGUAGAGCAUCUGAACCACCUCGUUACCGCUAUCCGAGCCGCCCCAUAUCGGCUCCUCUUUGGCUGGUAGAUGAAAUCUUGGAACCAACUUCUCGGCAUAGCCACAGGUCGCAAUUGCCAUUGCCACAUCAGUCUACCCAUUCCAGCAGGUCCGCCAACACUGGUGCCCCGGCUGAAGACAUGUACCGUACCGCUCGCAGUGCAAUGCCUGAACCAUGGGAUGAACUGGAACGAAGCGUGCUUGGACCACAGCUUCGUUUUGAAAGUGAUCUCCCGUGUUUGCAGCAAGUUUCUCGGCAACUCCCAAACCAAUCUCGACCAGGAGCCCACCACAUGGCGGGGCCUCCACCGGAGUACAAUCAGUACGGCGACUUUGAUGACAAUGAGAGCUAUCCUCCUAAAUGGGAGAAGUUACCUGCACCUGGCCACCAUGUCACAGAUGUCCAAGCCUUCCCUGGAAGUGGCUUUGCAAAAAUGGGUUGCAGUCGUUCGUCCUCGUCAUCAACCAAGGGGUCCUACCUGAACACCAAGCCUCCUGCUGCCAGGGCCGCAACGCCACCCCCUGCAAACCAGUCGCAGCAGGUCAGCAAAGAGACCCAAAAGGCAUUCCCCAAGGGCCAAUACACGGUGUGUCCAUCGUCUUCAGAAGCUCAAGCCGACACCAAGGCCGUUAUGGUCGAAAUCACACCCGGUGUCAAGGAGCGCCUUCGACGGGCCGAUGAGACCCGCGAGGCAGUUGCCAAUGAUUUCUUCACUCCGGUUUCUUGUCGAUCUUGCUCCAAGUAUCUCUUCUGCACAGCAGAUCUAAAGUACUUUGCAUGCCCCAAGUGCGAAUGCAUCAGCUCGUUGGAAAACGAUGAUCGAUUUGAAGGGCGCCCGAUUGAACGGCAUGGGCUAGGCGUUGGCUUCACUGUAGACACUCUCUUUCGAAUGCAGCAAGAGUUGUCAGUCGAGGACCCCUCGUCUUGUGACGAGCAGUCCAAGUAGUUGUACAGAUAACAAGAGAGCAAUGUUUUCUGGAUGUCUUUUGCGCAGCCGAAGAAAAGAGAGGACACUAUCUAGUAGACUACGUACCAUAUCAGGGCUCUACCAAGCGCUUUCGCCGGGUGGGUCACG